AUGAUGGUUGGAUUAAAUGAAAUAGUUCACAAUAAAACAUUAGCAUUAUCAUUUAGAAAGUUCCUACACGAAAGAUACAAUAACGAGAAUUUAUCUUUUUGGUUGGAGGCAGAGAAUUUUAAAGCAAUCGACAAUGAUAAUACCCGUUUAAAGAGAUCAAAGGAAAUAUACCAAAAGUAUUUCUCUACUGACAGUAAAUAUGAACUAAAUAUCGAUCACCAUCAGAAAAAGGAAUUGGAAACAAAGAUGCAAGGUACUCCUUCUAUUGACUUGUUUGUCCCAGUUCAAAUUACAAUUCGCAAACUCAUGGAAAUGGAUGCUAUUCCUCUAUUUUUAAAGUCAGAUUUAUAUAAACAAUGUAAAGAGAAUCAAAGUCCAUCUGAUCAGAUUGGCAACAGCAGUAGUAGUAAUAGUAGUAGUGGUGGUGGUAGUAGCGAAAGAGAUCGAAGUGUAACUAUAUGUGAGAUGGAAGAAUUUCUAUUAUCUCAUCCCCCAAUUAAAAAAUAA